GGACUGAUUGACUGCCUGUCUCUCUGCCUCCGUGUCUCCAUGUUACCCCAGUGCCUCCACCUCUUUGAAGAAUGUUUCCUGCACCCCCUGCCUUUGGCAUAGACAUAGCUGAUGACAAGAAUACUGGAAUCUUCAAUGGCAGGAGAAGGAGUGAUCAGAAGACCGAGAUGAAUUUUAACACUAUUCUAGAAGAGAUUCUUAUUAAAAGGUCACAGCAGAGAAAGAAGACAUCGCCCUUAAACUACAAAGAGAGACUUUUUGUGCUAACGAAGUCCAUGUUAACCUACUAUGAAGGUCGAGCAGAGAAAAAAUACAGAAAGGGAUUUAUUGAUGUUUCAAAAAUAAAGUGUGUGGAAGUAGUGAAGAAUGAUGACGGUGUCAUUCCCUGUCAAAAUAAAUAUCCCUUUCAGGUUGUUCAUGAUGCUAACACACUUUACAUUUUUGCACCUAGUGCACAAAGCAGGGACCAGUGGGUGAAGAAGUUGAAAGAAGAAAUAAAGAACAACAACAAUAUUAUGAUUAAAUAUCAUCCUAAAUUUUGGGCAGAUGGGAGUUAUCAGUGUUGCAGACAAACUGAAAAGCUAGCACCUGGAUGUGAAAAAUAUAAUCUUUUUGAAAGUAGUAUAAGAAAAGUACUACCUCCAGCACCAGAAACAAAGAAGCGAAGGCCUCCCCCACCAAUGAGUGAAGGAUAUAUCCCAAGUAAUUAUGUAACAGGAAAGAAAUCAAACAACUUAGAUCAAUAUGAAUGGUAUUGCAGAAAUAUGAAUAGAAGCAAAGCUGAACUACUCCUCAGGAGUGAGGAUAAAGAAGGCGGUUUUAUGGUAAGGGAUUCCAGUCAACCGGGCAUGUACACAGUCUCCCUUUACACAAAGUUUGGAGGAGAAGGCUCAUCAGGUUUCAGGCAUUAUCAUAUAAAGGAAACAACAACCUCCCCCAAGAAGUAUUAUCUGGCCGAAAAACACGCGUUUGGUUCCAUUCCUGAGAUAAUUGAAUACCAUAGGCACAAUGCAGCAGGACUUGUCACAAGGCUGCGGUACCCAGUCAGUGCGAAGGAGAAGAAGGCACCCACCACUGCGGGAUUCAGCUACGAAAAAUGGGAGAUCAACCCUUCAGAGCUGACCUUUAUGAGGGAACUGGGGAGUGGGCUGUUUGGAGUGGUGAGGCUUGGCAAGUGGCGCGCUCAGUACAAAGUAGCGAUCAAAGCUAUUCGGGAAGGCGCGAUGUGUGAGGAAGACUUUAUAGAAGAAGCUAAAGUGAUGAUGAAACUGACACACCCGAAGUUAGUGCAGCUGUAUGGCGUAUGCACCCAGCAGAAGCCAAUUUACAUCGUCACCGAGUUCAUGGAGAGGGGCUGCCUUCUGAAUUUCCUCCGACAGAGACAAGGGCAUUUUAGUAGAGAUGUGCUGCUGAGCAUGUGUCAAGAUGUGUGUGAAGGGAUGGAGUACCUGGAGAGAAACAGCUUCAUCCACAGAGAUCUGGCUGCCAGAAAUUGUCUAGUAAAUGAGGCAGGAGUUGUGAAAGUAUCUGAUUUUGGAAUGGCCAGGUAUGUUCUGGAUGACCAAUACACAAGUUCUUCUGGUGCUAAAUUUCCUGUGAAGUGGUGUCCACCUGAGGUGUUUAAUUACAGCCGCUUUAGCAGCAAAUCAGAUGUCUGGUCAUUCGGUGUUCUCAUGUGGGAAGUAUUCACUGAAGGCAGAAUGCCCUUCGAGAAGAACACCAACUACGAAGUGGUAACCAUGGUUACCCGCGGCCACCGCCUCUACCGGCCUAAGUUGGCGUCCAAAUAUGUCUAUGACGUGAUGCUGAGAUGUUGGCAGGAGAAACCAGAGGGAAGGCCCUCCUUUGAAGAUUUGCUGCGCACGAUAGAUGAACUAGUUGAGUGUGAAGAAACUUUUGGAAGAUGAGUGGUGUUGUGACCGGUGGCUUCCAGAUUCCAAAGCACAAGGAAGAAAUGGCACUUUGUAGCUAACGUUUAAUUUAUUUAGCACACGGAUGUGUAGAUUGUUUUACUGACAAACUGAAAACACCUAACGCAUCUUCUUUUAGACCAUCCUUAGCCCCAUGACUGAGUCUUCCAGGUUAUGGAAAUGCUGCCUUAGAGAUGGCGAUGAAAAGCACUCUUACACACUCCACAGGGCUUCCGUGCCCACAGAGGGACCAUGCACAGGCCCCAGGGUUCACCCACUUGGGUGCACAUGGGCCAUGUUGGCUGGUGCCAGUGGAAGAUGAGGGAGUUUGGGACGGAAAAGGGUGUUGGAGCCAGGCUCCAGCAACCCAACUCUUCCUGUUCACUUCCACAGAAAUCUGGGCCUGGGGCACUGUCUCAUGUGGGUUCUGGAGGAACCAGCGACCACAUUAGAUACGUACCCAACUUUUGUUUUGAAAACAUCUGUUUUUAAGACUGCCAUUAGUAUUACAUUACAAAACAUUUGUACCCUGUCUAUAUUGUAAAUAUAUAUAAUAUAUAAAGUUAUAUAUUUA